AUGCUCGUCCUCACUGAGACCCCCAUUGGCUUCGCCGUGUUCAAGCUCGGCAACGACUACAAGCUCGACAACAAGGACUUGUGGAAGGAGUUUGAGACUCCCGAGAAGGCCGGCAAGGCCCUCAAGCUGCAGGCUCUCCAGCGCUUCACUUCGACCGCUGCGGCAGUCGAGGACCUGGCUGCGAUCCAGGAUGGGCGCCUGACUGAGACCCUCGAGAAGUUUAUCUCGGAUGCAGCUGCUGGCGGCGAUGACAAGAAGAAGAAGAAGAAGAAGGUCGAGGAGAUGCUCAUCGUCUCGGAGCCCAAGCUUGCCGCGACCAUCACCAAGAGCCUCAAGAUCCCCGUCCUCUCCGACUCGACCACCCAGGACCUGUACCGUGGUAUCCGUCAGCAGCUCUCGUCGCUGCUCGGCGGCAUCGACCAGAAGGACUUGAACACUAUGGCUCUCGGUCUCGGCCACUCGCUCUCGCGCUUCAAGCUCAAGUUCUCCACUGACAAGGUCGACACCAUGGUCAUCCAGGCCAUUGCGCUCCUUGACGACCUUGACAAGGAGAUCAACAUCUACUCGAUGCGUGUCAAGGAGUGGUUCGGCUGGCACUUCCCCGAGAUGGGCAAGAUCAUCACCGACAACCUCGCCUACGCCCGCAUCAUCAAGGCCAUGGGCUUCCGCACCAACGCUGCCACCACCGACUUCUCUAUGAUCCUCCCCGAGGAGCUUGAGGCUAGCGUCAAGCAGGCUGCCGAGCUGUCGAUGGGUACCGAGAUUUCGGACACGGACAUGGCCCACAUCGACUCGCUUUGCGACCAGGUCAUCAGCAUCACCGAGUACCGCACCCAGCUGAGCGAGUACCUCCGCAACCGCAUGCAGGCGAUUGCGCCUAACCUCACUGCGCUUGUCGGCGAGCUCGUCGGUGCACGCCUCAUCAGUCACGCCGGUUCGCUUAUGAACCUCGCCAAGUUCCCUGCCUCGACUGUCCAGAUCCUCGGGGCGGAGAAGGCCCUCUUCCGUGCCCUCAAGACCAAGCACGACACGCCCAAGUACGGCAUCAUCUACCACGCCUCGCUGGUCGGCCAGGCACCCCAGAAGCUCAAGGGCAAGAUGGCGCGCAUGACCGCCACCAAGGCGUCGCUCUCUAUCCGUGUCGACGCCCUCUCCGACGCCGACACCAAGAUGGAUGUGCAGGCCGCCCAGCUCGGCAUUGAGAACCGCGUCAAGCUCGAGUCGCGUCUGCGUGCCCUCGAGCACCGCGCCGGUAUUGCGUCGGUCCGCACCGCCACCUCGGGCUCUGGCCGCCAGCAGCCCAAGUUUGAGUUGACCGGCACGUCUGGGUCAUACAACGCUGCCACGGACGACGUCAAGCCCAAUGGCCUGCUUGCGACCGAGCCCGAGACCAAGGAGGACAAGAAGGACAAGAAGAAGCGAAAGAGUGAGGCGGCCGACGAGACGAUGGACGUCGACCCCGACGAGACCGUCGUGCCCGGCGAGACAAAGGAGGAGCGCAAGGCAAGGAAAGCGGCCAAGAAGGCGGCCAAGGAGGAGAAGAAGAAGCGCCGCGCGUCCGAAGCCGCCGACGGAGACGGUGAGAAGAAGAAGAAGAAGAAGCGCGCCUCCGAGGCCGCCUAA